AUGAAAGAACAUCAGGAGCAGGUCGAUAAAAUACCAGGCGCUCCUAAGUUGCUACCAAAAUGGGACGCCGACCGGUUCAUAGAAGAGUCGUACAGUGAUGAUGCAGCUCCCCAUACCAUACCAAAAACCUUGCAAAUGCUUCCCUACCUCAUAAUAUACAAUGGCACAAUCGACCCUGAAGAUCAUGUGACUCAUUACGUCACCGCCAUGAAAGGCAAUGACCUCGCUAAAGCGCAAGUGUCCUUCAUUUUGCUGAAAAAGUUCGGCGAAACCCUCACAGGAGGAGCAUUAACAAGGUAUUCACAACUACCUGCACACUACAUAAAAACUUUCGAAGAGAUGGCCGACAAGUUCGUAAUGGCCCAUGUCGGAGCCAAGAAGGCCAAGGCGAGAGUGAACGGCAUAUUUGCCAUUAAACAGGCCCUAGGCGAGGGGCUGAGGGACUUCUUCGCCCGGUUCAAUCGAGUGAGUAUGACUUUGCCGAACGUAUCUGAAGGAAUGGCGGUUGCAGCCUUUCAGAACGGGCUGAGCAGGGAUGGUUCAAGAGCAACUAGGAAACUAUUGAAUCGGCUGAUGAAGUUGAAUCCAGAAAAGAUCGAGGAAACGACGCCAGAAGAUAUCUCGCAGUUCUGUGACCUAACAGAGAACGACAUCAACCGUAUGUCGGGAUGGCCGGUGCGGCCUCCCCCCUGCUACAAAGAAGGCACAUCGACUCAUCGAAAUGAAAGAGGUAUGCCCCCAUUAUUCUCCGCUCAUAAUUUUUGUGUGUCACCUACAAAGAUAGUCUAUGCUCUGAAGAAGCUCGGACCAAAGGUAAAGUGGCCACAAAAGAUGAGGUCAGAUCCGAGUACCAGAAAGUCCGAUGCCCUCUAUGAGUUCCACCAAGAACGAGGGCAAAAAACCAAAGAUUGCAUCGCCCUAAGGAAGGAAGUCGUAAACAUGUUACGAGAAGGGCACCUCAAAGAGUUGCUGAGCGACCGGGGGAGAACCAACUUCGCCAGAGGAUGCGAACAACACCAAUGA